CAGUGGCCGUCAUUCUACGCUUGCGUAGAAUAAAGUUUUUUCUCCCGAUUCUCUUCCUUUUCCGUUUGGCUCUGAAAAAGAACCAAAAUGGUGCAGCGGUUAACCUAUCGCCGACGCUUGUCAUACAAUACAAAAAGCAACAGGAGACGCGUUGUACGCACUCCUGGUGGCAAGCUAGUGUAUCAGUACCUUAAGAAACCGAAGAAGAUCCCCAGAUGUGGUCUAUGCAAGGACAAGCUCAGAGGCAUCCAACCAGCCAGGCCAAUGGAGAGGUCAAGAAUGUGCAGGCGUAAGAAGACAGUCAAACGUGUGUACGGCGGUGUUCUCUGUCACAAAUGUGUGAAAGAAAGGAUUGUCCGUGCUUUCCUGAUAGAGGAACAGAAGAUUGUUGUUAAGUAUAUGAAAGCACGUAACGCAAAAACGAAGGCGGAGAAAUAAUCUUUUCCUUUUUAUUAAAUAAAUAAAAACGUAUAAAAACAAUACAAAA